AUGGCUCUCCCUGAAUCACAGCCAGAUUGGAACAACCUCGAGGUCCUUCAUCGCAACCGCCUAGCGACUCGAGCGCAUUUCUACAAUUUCGAGGACGAAGCAACCGCGCUUAGCUUCGAUCCCCGGAAGAGCUCCCUCUACCGCAGCCUCAAUGGCUCGUGGAAGUUCCGACACGACCUCUCGCCCUUCGAGGCACCAGACUGGGACACAGUUGACCCGACAGUAUGGGAUGAUAUCACGGUCCCGGGUAUGUGGCAAUUGCAGGGCUAUGGGCACCCGCAUUACACAAACGUCAACUAUCCGUUCCCUGUUGAUCCGCCAAAUGUACCGCUGGAGAAUGAAACAGGCUCGUACUGGCGCAAGUUCACUGUGCCUCGACACUGGGACAGGAACACACAUUCCGUAAGACUUCACUUCGAGGGCGUCGAUAGCUCGUACCAUGUCUGGGUCAACGGAACAGAGGUUGGAUACAGCCAAGGCAGCCGCAACGCCGCCGAGUUCGAUAUCACAAGCCUGCUGAAACAACAAGAUGAUAGGGUCAACACGUUGGCCGUGCGGGUGUAUAAAUUCUGCGACGGGUCUUAUAUCGAGGACCAAGAUCAGUGGUGGCUGUCAGGCAUCUUUCGGGAUGUAUACCUGAUUGCUUUUCCAAAACAUGGAAUCUCGGACUUUACCCUCCUGACUCAGCUGGACGAGGCAUUCGCCCAUGCUGAGGUCAAAGCAAGCGUGGAGGCUCACGGUGAUGUCUCAAGUUUCAAGCUCAAGCUUUUGUCUCCCACCGGAACCCUUGUCUGUGAAGGGGAGGGCAAGACGGCCGUUACGCUGCAACUUUCCGGCACCGACCUGAGGCUGUGGUCCGCCGAACAACCCUCCCUUUACACCGUCCUGCUGGUACACGGGAACCAAGUAAUUCCCCACCGUAUCGGCAUCCGCCGCGUGGAGGUCCGCAACGGCAACAUUCUCCUCAACGGCCAGCCCAUCAUCUUCUACGGCGUCAACCGUCACGAGCACCACCCAACCCUCGGACGCUCCGUGCCCUACGAGUUCAUGCGUCGCGACCUGCUCACCAUGAAGCAGCACAACGUCAACGCCAUCCGUACGUCUCAUUAUCCCAACGACCCGAGGAUGUAUGAGGUUGCCGAUGAGCUGGGGCUAUAUGUCAUCAACGAAGCCGACCUUGAGUGCCAUGGCUUCUACAAACCGGAACGUGCCAAGUUGGCUGAAAAAGCCCUGUCUCUUAACAGGGUUGAAUUUCGGGAACAAGUCUACGUCGAGUGUCGACCGUGGACCUCGGACAAUCCCGCUUGGAAGGAGGCGUAUCUUGACCGGGCGGUGCAGCUUGUGGAGCGUUUCAAAAAUUCGACAUCGUCUAUUAUCUGGUCUCUCGGAAAUGAGGCCUUCUACGGAGAGAACCUUGCCGCUAUGUACCACUGGGUAAAGAAGCGUGAUCCAACGAGGCUGGUACACUACGAAGCCGACCGAGAGGCCGUCACGGCCGAUUUUUACAGCUCCAUGUAUAACACACUGGAUGAGCUGAAGGAACAUGCUGCCAAGAAGACAGACCGUCCACUGAUCCUGUGUGAGUACGGUCAUGCCAUGGGUAACGGUCCAGGUGGUUUGAAAGACUACAUCAAUACAUUUCGGAGCGAGAAGAUGUUGCAGGGAGGCUUCAUCUGGCAGUGGGCGAACCAGGGACUCUUGACCAAGACUGAAAAUGGGACGCCAUAUUAUGGGUAUGGAGGGGACUUCGGCGAUAAGCUCAAUGAUGCCGACUUUAUCCUUGAUGGACUCUGUUGGUCUGAUCAUACGCCAAACCCGGGCUUGGCCGAGUACAAGAAGGUCAUCGAGCCUGUCACGGUGGAGGAUUUUGACCCAAAGACAGGAACUGUGUCGCUCCAAAGUCAUUAUUUCUUCUCCGACUUGUCUCACCUCGCGUGCUCGUGGAGCGUCACGGUGCAAGACGGGGAGUCUACUGAGCCAACGGCCAUGGACCUUCCACACAUCGAGCCGGGCUUAACAAGGGUCUUCCAGCUUCCUGAUGAGUGUCUUUCUUGCCUUGGAGACAACGCAUCACGCGAUAGUUGGCUGAACCUCUCGUUCAGCCUCAAGAGCAGCACCAACUGGGCCCCAGCAGGACAUGAAGUAGCCUGGUCGCAAGUCCACAUCCCAUCGUCAUCGCUAGGAGACUCUUCUAACCCCCUCAUAAUUGCUGAAGCUGUGAAGCCUCCUGAGAUUACGACGGCACCGGGUCGACUUAUCGUGUCAUCUCCCGAUGGCAAUGCUCAAGUCAUAUUCGACCUCGUCCGCGGCGGGUUCAAAUGGGUGUCCGAAGAUGGCGUUGCCGUGACAAAAGGCCCAGAACUGAGUAUCUAUCGCGCCAUGACGUCCAACGACCUUGGCUUCGGCGGUGAUGGCGAGGAGUGGAAACGCUGCAUGCUUGACUGGUCACGUUCUUCCGUCGUUAAAUCUACCUGGAGUGUGGCCGAGGACAGUAUCAGAGUAACUACCGAGGUGCGUAUUGGGCCUCCAUCACUCUCUUGGGCUGUGAGAGCGACGCUUGAAUAUGUUGUGUCUGCGUUGCUCGAUGUCAUUUCCGUACGAGUCAAAGGCGAUCUCGAGCGCCGAAAAUCUGCCUCCCCAGCACCACAUGUUCUUCCUCGGGUCGGCCUAGACCUCACGCUACCCAAGUCUUACAACCAAGUGCAGUGGUUUGGCAGAGGCCCCCGCGAAGGAUACCGUGAUAAGAAGGAGGCCUCACGUAUAGGACUGUACAGAGCGACCGUGGACGAGUUACACGUGCCGUACGAGGUCCCACAAGAGAACGGCAGCCGGGGUGACGUCCAUUGGAUUCGUCUACAAGCUGAUACCGGAAUCAAUGGUACACCUGUUCUCGAGGCGAGAAUGCUGCAUGGGCCGUUCAACUUUGCGGCAAGAAGGCAUACGUCGCAAGAGCUUGACCAGGCAAGGCAUCCGCAUGAGCUGAAAGGAGGUGAUGAGCUGCUGUUGAGUCUCGAUUAUGCGCAUCAUGGCCUGGGGUCGGGGUCUUGUGGACCUCCGCCUUUUGAGAAGCAUCGGUUGUAUGCCGAGCCGUUUGACUUUACGACUAUAUUAAGACUCGUGAGAUAA